GGAUCCUUCUGCAAGCGCCCACCGCGUGAUCUGGCUGCCUGUUUCUGAAUGAUGAUAUUCAGAAGAAAAAAAACAGGAACCGUGUGGAUAACUGACCGAGAGGGCCGCCUCUCACAAUACUGGGAGAAAACCCGCUCAGUCGAUCUAUUGAUGGGUUGAUUUCUUGUAACCAGAAGCUUUUUUUAAUGCCAUUACUUUCUAUUUGAGGCCGAUUUGCACUCAGUAGCCUAAUUCAUUGUUGGCUCGGAGGCGGUUGUCCUGAUGAAGUGUCAGCAGAGGGAGGAGGAAGCCAGAGAGAGGAAGGAAACGAGGAUAACGUCACGAAAAGCAGAAUCGGAGUAAAACGGACUGAAUAGUAAUGGACAGUGCUUGAUGCGGGCCGGGGACCCGAGCUGAAUUGUGUUUGUUUACGUCGCAUUGGACAAAGAUGUUUUUGUUAACUGGUCGGGUGUGAAAAAAAAGGGGAAAACAUUUCGAGGAGGAAACGGCAGCACAGCAGCAGCAGCAGCAGAUUUCAUCUUUUUCAGGAGGCUCCACUAAAGCAGAGAAAUGGAAAUGUGUGUAGCCCUCCUCCGUUUGCCUGUUCGCUGAAGGAUUUGGAAACAGCCUAAUCGUGACACACGGAGCUUUAAGUGGAUCUUAUUUUUUAAUGAGUGAAAAAGACAUAUAGCUAAAUCUUUUUUGGGGGACGUUGCUUUCGGUUUUUCCACGGCAGAAAAAAAUCAUCGGGGGAAUUAACAGGUGACGACCCUGACAAAUCCAAAAUGAGUGAGCUGGAGCAGCUUCGCCAGGAGGCCGAGCAACUGAGGAACCAGAUUCGAGAUGCCAGGAAAGCAUGUGGAGAUUCAACCCUGACACAGAUAACUGCUGGUCUGGAUCCUGUGGGGCGGAUUCAGAUGCGGACACGACGUACCCUCCGGGGCCACCUUGCUAAGAUCUACGCCAUGCACUGGGGCACUGACUCAAAGCUUCUGGUUAGUGCCUCUCAAGAUGGAAAACUGAUCGUCUGGGACAGCUACACCACUAACAAGAUACAUGCCAUCCCCCUGCGCUCCUCCUGGGUGAUGACCUGUGCGUACGCCCCCUCUGGGAACUACGUGGCCUGCGGAGGCCUGGACAACGUCUGCUCCAUCUACUGCUUGAAGACUCGCGAGGGCAACGUCAGGGUCAGCAGGGAGCUACCUGGCCACACAGGUUACCUGUCCUGCUGCCGUUUUAUUGAUGACAAUCAAAUCAUCACGAGUUCCGGAGACACCACAUGUGCACUGUGGGACAUCGAGACGAGUCAGCAGACCACUGUUUUCUCAGGCCACAGCGGUGACGUCAUGAGUCUGUCCCUGUCGCCUGACCUCCGCACCUUUGUGUCGGGAGCCUGCGACGCCUCGGUCAAACUGUGGGACAUCAGGGACAGCAUGUGCCGGCAGACCUUCACAGGCCACGAGUCGGACAUCAACGCCAUCUGUUUCUUUCCCAAUGGCAGCGCCUUCGCCACAGGCUCAGACGACGCCACAUGCAGGCUGUUUGACCUGCGUGCAGACCAGGAGCUCAGCCUCUACUGCCACGACAACAUCAUUUGCGGCAUCACCUCCGUGGCUUUCUCACGCUCCGGCCGUUUGCUGCUGGCUGGUUACGAUGACUUUAACUGCAACAUCUGGGACGCCAUGAAGGGAGACAGAGCAGGGGUCCUGGCCGGCCAUGACAAUCGUGUGAGCUGUCUGGGUGUGACAGAUGACGGCAUGGCGGUGAGCACCGGGUCCUGGGACAGCUUCCUUAAGAUCUGGAACUGAGCCAUGCACAUAAACAGCAAACACGCACACACAUACAUACGCACACACACACACACCUCCAACAAACACCGCUCCCAUCUUGGGACACAGUUUGCACCCUGUAUUCACUGUAUGUAAGAUUCAACAGACAAAUUGCAACAUUGUACUGUACAUAAUAUAUAUGACUUAGGUAUGAGUUCACACACACACACACACACACACACACACACACACACACACACACACACA